CAAACAUGUCCUGACCGAAGACAUCGUGCACCGGGAGGUGACGCCGGACCACAAGCUGCUCUCUCGGCGGCUCCUGACCAAGACCAACCGGAUGCCGCGCUGGGCAGAGCGCUUCUUCCCAGCCAAUGUCGCCCACUCCGUCUACAUCCUGGAGGACUCUAUCGUGGACCCCAAGAACCGAACCAUGACCACUUUCACCUGGAACAUCAACCACGCUCGUCUCAUGGUGGUGGAGGAGCGUUGCGAGUACCGGGUGAACCCCGAGAACAGCAACUGGACCGAGGUCAAGCGGGAAGCCUGGGUAUCCUCCAGCCUUUUCGGCGUCUCGCGGGCCAUCCAGGAGUUUGGUCUGGCCAGGUUCAAAAGCAACGUGACCAAGAGCACUAAGGGAUUUGAAUAUGUGCUAGCAAAAAUGCAAGGAGAAGCUCCAUCCAAAACACUGGUGGAGACAGCCAAGGAAGCAACCGAGAAAGCCAAGGAAACAGCUCUGGCUGCUACGGAGAAAGCCAAGGACCUGGCGAGCAAGGCAGCCACCAAGAAGAAGCAGUACGUGUGAGGGGCCAGCUGCACCAGGACAGAUAGGAGACUCCUUAGAUUUUAUAUUUUUAAAGAAACUGUAUAAGUCUGACAAUCAGCUGCUGCUUGACCCUUUCUGAGAUGUAAUUAUCAUUAAAGAAUCUCCUCCCAUCUCUGA